AUGAUGCCAUCACCACCAGAAACGGAACAAGAAUGCGACUCAAACGACCCGGUGGAUAUCUUGUCCGACAGGGACCUGGCACGAUACAUCGCCAAAGCCCGCCAACAUCGCGAGUCGGACACGAUAGAGAAUAACACAUUGCUUCUCACUUCCCGAUACAUCACUAAGUUCUACACCACACUAUCACACGUGAAAGAUGUCGAAGUGGCGAUACUACAAGCCCACGCGCUGGGCAUCCGAGCCCCAGAGUUGAAGCGCGUCAUCAAAGCAAAGGAUGGCACCUAUGAGUGCAUAAUGACACGGAUACAAGGCGUGACAUUAGAAAGUUGCUGGCCGGACUUAUCCCUCUUCACCACCAUCCGACUAGCCAUCCAACUGCGAACAAUAGUCCAAAGAAUGAGAAGGAUAACCCGACCAACGGCUGGCUCGUUGGGGACAGGGAUAUGCAGGAGUUUCUGGCUGGAGGAGUUUUAUGGCGUGCCAUCGCAUGCCUCUGCCGCGGUGGUGGGACAAAUCGUCAAUUUCUGGUGCGGGUUUCAGAGUUAUGGCCGGGAGAGGAGAAAAACACUGGCUGAGCACAGAGAGAGUUGUGAGAUGGUGGAGCAGGACGCGAGAGGGCAGGAGUUGGUGUUUACACACCACGACCUCGCCCCGAGGAAUAUCAUCGUCGAGUCGGGGACGUCAAAACUGUGGCUGGUGGACUGGGACGAAAGCGGCUUUUACCCCCGAUACUUUGAAUACGCCGGCAUGAGAAACCUCGAGUACCCGCCAGAAUGGGGCUGGUACGGCGAGUGGAGGUGGAAAAUAUUCUGCUGGAUCGUCGCCAAGUUUUGUUCCUACGACAAACAAGCGGAGAUGUUGAGGGAUAUCAGACAAAAGGCCGGGAGGUUCCCAGGAGGGAGGAGGUUCAACAUCAAAGCUGGGGUGACGUCUUCGGAGAGGCCAGUGGAUGAUUGA